AUGUCGGCCGCCAAGCACCGGGGCCCUAAGGGGGGCAGCCCGCCCGCCGCCAACGAGAAGAGCGCGCAGCUCGGCGGCGGCGACGAGCCGCCGGCCAAGAAGCAGGCGGCGGCGGGGCACGGCCGGGGCGGCAGGGCCGGCGGGGGGGGCCGCUCUGGCGCCGGUCCCCGCCGCGGCUGGGCGAUGCUGCUGGGAGCCGCGGUGGUGCUGGGCGCCGCGCUGCCCGCCGGCUGGUACGUGCUGCAGCUGCAGGAGGAGGUCGGGCGGAGCGCCCGGGAGGUGGAGGCCUCCGGCCGGCAGCGGCAGGAGCUGGCCGCCACCCUGGACACCGUGGUGCAGAAGGUACGUUCUCUUCAAACCACAUUUGGAGAGUUUGAAUCCAUGAUGAAAAUUGUUCAGCAGAAGCAGGAGGUGAGUGAGAAGGCUGUUAAACAAGGGGAGAGUGAAAUAAACCGGAUCAGUGAAGUGCUUCAGAAACUGCAGAAUGAAAUUUUGAAAGACUUGUCUGAUGGCAUUCACAUGGUGAAGGAUGCAAGGGAACGAGACUUCACAUCUCUGGAAAACACGGUGGAAGAGAGACUAACAGAGCUGACCAAGUCUAUAAAUGAUAACAUUGCUGUAUUCACUGAAGUCCAGCAAAGGAGCCAAGAUGAAAUCAACAAUAUGAAAGCAAAGGUUGUUUCACUAGAACAGGCAGAUGUCUAUAAACAUGAAAUUAAGGUGCUAAAAGAUGCUUUUGAUGAGAUGCAAGCAUCCAUGAAAAUGAAAGAAAAGGACAUAGAGACCUUGAAGAGUACAAUAGACUCCAUGGAGUCUGAUGUGUACACUGAAGUGAAAGAGUUAGUCAACCUCAAACAAGAACACGAGAAGUUCAAAGAGGCUGCGGACACUGAACACCUUUCAUUAAAAGCUUUACAAGAGAAAGUUCUGAGAGCUGAGGAUUCUAUUAUGCAGCUCCCUAGUGAUAUUAAAAGACUUGAUGAAGAUUUACUACAAGUUAAAGCCAACCUCAACAAAUGGGAAGAUAAUGAAAUCUUCAGAAAAGCAUUAGAAACUUUUGGGAAGAACAGUGAAGGACUGGCGUCUCGAUUGAGGCACAUAGAAGACAGCCUAGAGUCUCUAGCAUCUGUUGCUGCUCAAAACAGUGAAAAGUUGAAAUCUUUCCUUUCUAAGGAGGCAGAGUAUGAGAAUAAGCUCAAUACCCUAGAACAAAGCAUUACCACUCUUCAGGGACUCUCAAAUACAGAUGUAACUUCAGUCACAGAUGUUCUGAAAAAUCUUGGUGAGGCACAGACUUCACUGUACAACGACAUGGAAACCUUAAAGAGAAGCAUCAGUGACUUGCCAUCCUCUGGUGCUCUCCAGGAUUCUCAAGGUUACCUUGAAAAGUUUUCUUCUAUGGAAGGCUCUGUAGAUGAACUGAGAUCUUCUGUUAGCCAGGUCGAUUCCGAUUUGAAAAUGCUAAGAACUGCAGUGGAUAGUUUAGUUGCCUAUUCAGUGAAAAUUGAAAAUAAUGAGAACAGCUUGGAGUCUGUGAAGAGCUCAGUAGAUGAUUUGAGGAAUGAUCUGGAAAGGUUGUUUGUGAAAGUAGAAAAAAUACAUGAAAAUAUUUAGGCAAUGGUGCUCCUUGGGCAAAUAAUGGGUUAAGGAGAAUAGCUUUUUUAUGCCCUGUUUUUUACUCUUUUAAAAAGCAAUUUGAUACCUCCAAAGAGAAUAAGAAUACUUUCAUAAUAGAGACAGUUCUGCUUAUUUCAUUUAUUUCUUUUCCUUGUAGUGUGUUUGGAGUUUUUGUUAUUUGGUUUUUUCUUUCUCCUAAAUUUUGUUUUAAGAAAACACAAGUUUAUUUGGGGGUUGAGUUUCUUAAGGGCUCAUCUUCUCUAUGAAGUUGUACCACAGUUAAGUGUAGUGGUGUAACUACAGCCUCAUUAGCAUGGACACAUAUUUAAUGGCAUGAAGGUGUUUCACACUGCCACUAGAUAUCCCACACAGAAAGACUACAGCUGCUCUGGUACCCAAAGCAUACUGCUGCACUCACGGGGAAUUUACUGGUAUGUUUUGGUUCAAGAAACAAAACUACAUGCUCUCUUAAACUGUUCACUGUGAUGAACUUAACAGUGGAGCAGGUGUGCAGCACCUCACCUGUUUCUGCCAUUUGGGACUCAGAUGUGGUCAGUUCACCAAGGGUCAGCUGAGCUGUCGUGUAUUUCAGUGAGACCUUAGUCUGUACCAAGGAACUAACAAGGUCUGAGGUGAGUGGCACUGCCUGGGGCUAAGGUCUACAAGAUUCAUUCUUUGUGAUCACAGGGUUCUUGGCCAGCAUUUUCAGCUGCUGGUGCAGAAGAUCCGUGCUUAGAAGGGACAUCUGAAGGAUGGGAUUAAUUUCAAGAGGGUACAGUAAUAUUUUUGCCAUAUUUUUAGACUGUUUACAUGAUUAGACUGUGUCUUCCUUAGAAAGAUCUAAUUUGGUCUUUGAUAAGGGAUUUUUCUAUAGAAAUCAUCACAAAUUUGAGGGAAGAGAGGAACCAAAAUUGCACCUGUUGUGUUCCAUAUAUUACAAGCAUGCUAACAACAGCAAUAAUACACUCCAAAACACACAAGAGGGGAAAUCACCAUGAAAUCAGCAGAAUUGCUUCUAUGGCAUAUACAUUUCCAGGUUUUCACACAGCUGACAGUGACCUGAACUCUUAUUACGUAUUCAGGACUUGGUGCCUGAUUCUUGUCACUACUUUUGUCACCAGGUGUCUGGCUGAGGCAUUGGUAGCAAAGGAUCCUUCUAGGAGACCUAGUCUAGGAGAGUGAGGAAAAAGUGUCAUAAUUCUGUAGAUGAUCUUUUAAAAACCACUUUCUUGUGGAGCUUCUUUGGUUUUCUGUCUUUUUGGAAAGGAUUUCUAAUAUCCCUCCUUUUCAAGUUUACUUUUGAACUUUUUCCAAAUAAUUGGUAAAGAAGUCUGCAUGUAGUUACCUUGGAAAUGCCCACCUCAGCUUGGACCAGACAGAUCCUCGACUGUGUUAGAUGAAAAUUCCUUGAAAUAGCAUCUCCCAGAAGUGGGAACAGCACAGGUGAAAAGGAGUUCUCCUAGGUAAAUAGGAUACUGAACCAUAUCCAGUGUUGUUCCCACUGUAAACAGGAAAGAAUUGCUGUCAGAGAAAGAGGGAGCCAUGGCAUUAAGGUAACUGUUGUCACUGUUGGAACUGCACUGUUCUUUGUUGACUUCUCAAGUUCUUGGACAAUGUUGUUUAGGUUACUGUGAAAUGAACUGUAUGGCUUAUUUGCAGUAUUUUUAAUACAUAAUAAACAUUUGGAAUAUUCUUUGCA